GGGUUGAGAGUUGAGAAUUGAGAACUAAACACCUGUUUGUUUACGUAGCUUCCAUGUGUAUAUGUCACUCCCUAUGCGAAAACAUACUACAUACAUACAUAGUACAUUAAUAAGAGGAAAUUUCCUGCUCUCUGUUUAGUAUGUUAUGUAGCAGCUAUAAAAUUACUGUUUUAGCCUCUCCUCUUACUCUUAUUCUUAGUUAUUUUCUCUGAAAUUUUCAGCAUGAGUCAGGCUUACCAUGUUAGGCAUGAACCUCACUACUCAUCAACCCCCACAGGGUAUCCUACUCCGGAUCCAUAUCCUCCUCCACCAGCCGGACAAGGGUAUCAAGGAUAUUUCCACGGAAUAGGAGGAGUAGGAGGCUUCCCUCCACCACCAUCUGCGGUGCCACCGCCACCGCCUCCGCCUCUUCGGCCUUAUAACCAAUACCCCGAAAACUAUGGUAGUCGUUGUCCAUCUCUUCUCAGAACCUGUUGAUUGCACAGUUGAACAAGUUGAUAGCCUUGGCAUUGAGCUCCACCUUCUUUCUGUCUUCUUCGAUCCAACUGGCUUCUAGUUUAAGGGAGACUAUUCCUUCAGCACUUGUAGUGGUUGGAUAUUGAGAACCCUCCAGGAUGAUCUUCCAUAGUCUGUAAUAAUGUUUGAUCAUCAUCAAAUUGGUUUUAGAGUUUUUCAAACUCAUCAAUCUCUCCCUUGAUGACAAACAUUAUUAAAAAUUGAAAUGGAAAGAAAUCAAAGAUUAGAGUACUCCCUUUGAAAAUUGGGAUUUCUUCCCCUUUUCAAUUGUUACAUGACUCCUCCUUAAUAUAUGCCAUUUUACCAAGGGAAGCAUUACCUGUAAUAAUUUUAUCAAGUCUAAGGCAACUACGUUAUUCAA